CUCUGCACACGCGAAACCAACACCCGUACGAUCUUAUGCUCUAACCUGACUCGACCCCGAACCCAGUCUGGCCUAUACGCAUACAGCCACGAGACAGAGGGGUGGCCUGAGUCUCGGUCUCCGAAUUUGCCGCAUGUCUGUCCCACUCAUGCCGGUGUUCCAUUGGGGGUUAUUCCUGCCCAGGCUUACCGAAGGAUUCGCGUGUCGCACAAGAGGCUAUUCGAAAGGCUUUGGGGAUGGAGGCAUGUGAUGAUGAGAUGCUGACGCUGGAUAUCAAGUCAGGCAGGAUGUCUUUCAGCUCCUUCUUCCGGGAUGCUGGAGGGUCGGGUAUAUAAAGGCUCGCGGGGGUUGUGUUGGAUGGCUAGAUCAUCGAGCAUCUCUUCACAAGACAAAGCAGCUCUAGCAAAGACAUCAUUCUCCUAGGAAUCUAGCAAUAUGAAGACCAGCCUCAUUCUUCCCCUUCUCGCGCUCUUCUCUGCGAGCUUCGCCGUGGCACUUCCGGCCAGCGAUAGCGAGGUGGCUCAGGAUAAUGCCGACCCGCAGUCUGAGCCUGGAGAUGUUAGCACCCAGGCGAUUAUCAGCGGAACCUGCAGUAGCGUCACCCAGCAAUGCACCGCCAGCAACAGACCGGGAGGCACCUACCACGCUCCUUGCCCGAUCAACCAUCGCUGCGGCGCACGACAUCGGUGCAACAUUGACACGGUCCGACUUACUGCCGUCUGCAGCUAAGGGACUUUGACCUUUGCAUUUGUAGGAGGAGAUGAGACCGCGCGGUGAGGAUUGGUCGGGUCUUAAGCGAAUGAAGAAGCGGUGAAUAUGCGAUGAGACACAGUCAAGAAGGAUGUUCAAUGAUGGUUGGAGGCGCGACGGUCAAAGCAACCCUGUUCAACCACGGAUGCGGG